CCUGUCUUCAUUGUCGAGAUAAAUUUAUUUCUUUUGGGUUGUAAUCCGGAACGCCAAAGUAAAGUAAAACAAAGCUGGCUUAAUGUUUACUUUCCUUUCAGUUGGAAGUCAAAGCUUUGAGUCUGAUUGGCACGAUUGACAUCUCCCUUGUUCAUGUUGACAUAGAAAAACCAUCGUUGGGUGUAUAUAGAUUUUUAACUUAACUUCAAAUUAUCAGUAAAACUGCGACAAGGCUCAAUAUCAGGCACAAUAUUUUAAUGGGAACAUACUGGCAAGCUCCCCAAGCCUCUAAAACUCGAAGUAAUAUUCUCCGGAAACGCAAGGCGAUCAAGCAAUUUUACAAACAGUUUUUAAAUGGAGGUAUUUAAUACUUCUUGCUCUAAUCAAGAUUUUCGUGAGUACCAGUUUAUACGCAAAUCGCCUCGUCAUUGGUACGUGUUCUUGUGCAUUGCAAAUGUAGUUUUUUCUAUUUCUGCGAUUGUUGGAAAUUCGAUAAUUUUACUCGCCCUCUUCCAGUGCCGCACGAUCUACUCGUCGUCCAAAGCUCUUUUUUACAGCUUAGCUCUGUCUGAUUUUGGAGUUGGUAUGGUCGCUCAACCGUUACAAGUUGCCACAGGUUUGGGUGCUCUCCAUGGUAAUCUUGGAUUGUUUUGUACAAUUCAGCCGUUUUAUGCUGCCGUGGCCUACUUCUUCUGUGCCGUGUCUUUUACAACCACGACAGUAAUAAGCAUUGAAAGAUAUCUGGCGUUGAGACUCGGAAUACGACACAGACUGAUUAUAACCGUGAAAAAAGUCACUCUGGUUGUAGUACUCCUGUGGAUUGGCAGCUCUAUCUGGGCGGUCUCCCGAAUGUGGAAUAUCCAAAUCAAUAAAAUCAGUGCCAUAAUUCUUGGCUUUUCCUGCAUUGUCAUAACGUCUUCGUGCUAUUUUAGAAUACAUCGAACUCUGAGGGCUCUAAAGACAAGAAUAACAAACGAGGCUUCCACAAGGCAACCUCGAAAGACUUUGAACAUGAUGCUGUACCGUAGAUCUGUAAACAGUAUGCUAGCAGUUUUCGGUUUUCUUGUAGCAUGUUACACUCCUUAUCUCUGUGCCAUAAUCGCGGUAGCAUUGUUUGGAUAUAGCUCCCCAGUUGUGUUAUCAACAAACCUAACAUCUGUUGUGAUUUUUCUUAAUUCUUCGAUAAAUCCUUUCGUCUACUGUUGGCGAAUUAGAGAAAUUCGUUCUAAAGUGAUGUUAAUUGUGCGGAAAUUGCCUUUACCUUAAACGCCAGCCUUAAAAAUAAUUAGUCAGCCAGAGUAAUGAUCAAUUUUUUGUCCUGGGUGACAGCUUAUUCACUUCUCAGUUCUAAAACAGAAAAAGGUGUAUUUAUUUGGCAAAGCUGAUUUUCCGGUAAAUUUCCAUACGGGAGAAUUCUUCAUAAUGUUUCAGUAUUCUCAGCUUAGCAAGGAAAGAUUUCUUACACUGGACUCAAUGAACGUGUGCUAUUAUAUAUUUUAUCAAAUUUCCGGUUAACACUUGUACUGCCUCAUUUGUUAAUAUUAUUUUAUAGCAGUUAAUAAGCAGGCCCCGGUAGCAAUUUACGCGGUCGCGUGCUGCUUGCGUGGGAAUCAAACAGAUUGUGAAAACAAAAACUGACCAAGGUGUAUCUUUCAAUGUUUUAAUUUCUAACCGCCGAUUGGGUUGUACUGCGUUGGACAAGGGUUUCCUUUGUGUGUUAAAAUUAAAAUUAGGUCUCAAUUUCUCUGAAAAAAGGAUGUAGGCUUAGCUUUCGAUCUUAAUUACUCUUCUGAAGACAUUGGUCCUUAAAACGGACGGAUACUACCGGA